AUGGUGAAUCUGACGCUCCCUAGAACUCCUUCCUACUAUCCUCUCGAACUUUUUGACCGGGACCAGUUUGCCAAGUCUCCUCUUCCGUCACGGAGACAGGAGGUCCGUCUGCAUCAGGACCCCUUCCCCCUCUACCCUGGCGAGAGGCUCGGACAGCCAGCGACACCUCUACAAGUCGUGAAACCAAACACAGCUCUUCACCUCCAAGCCCAGCUGGACUAUGAAGAAACAGCCGACAAGCAUUUGGCAGGAGAUGAAUGGUUGUUCGAAGGCCCAGGUAACUUGCCCAACCUGCCCCCGUCUACACUAGUCCCACCCCGACCAACAGGCCCCAAUCAAGCGAUUCGUUUGCAGGGAAGAGUGGCUGGUGUCGUCAGGAAGGUAGGAGCUUAUCUGCCUGGUGUUUAUGAAGAAGUUCUUCACAUAGUUGAUGCCUACAUUCUCACUGAGAAGCGGGCUCUGCAUCUGCGUGCGGUCCAGACCUUCGUCGAAGGCGGGGAUCGGCAGCGACGGACUGGAGAGGAGUGGCUGGUGACGAUGGCCGAGGAGGAGGCUUACGUUCCGGGGGUGCAGGAGGAGGUGGUCGGGGUGGUAGACAUCACCACUCUGGGAGCCGGGCAGUAUUGUGUGGUUCUUGACCCCGUGGGGACUGACGGCAAGAACCAACUCGGUCAGAAGCUGGUGAUCAAGGGGGAGAAGUCGUUCUUCUUGCGCCCGGGGGAGAGACUGGAGGCCGGGAUACAAGAGACACACGUUCUGUCCGAGGAGGAGGGACUGGUGCUUAGAGCCAUCGAGGGUUUCGAGGAGAAAGAUCCGGAAGGCGAGGUGAUAGCUCGGAAGCCGGGAGAUCGCUGGAUGAUCCGGGGACCACAGGACUAUGUCCCUCCGGUGGUGGUGGAGGUUCUGUCUCUACGCCGAGCCAUCCCGCUGGACCAGAACGAGGGAAUCUACGUCCGAGACAUCAAGACUGGCAAGGUGAGGUCGGUGAUUGGCCAGUCGUAUAUGCUGACACAGGAUGAAGAGCUUUGGGCAAAGCCUCUGCCCGCCUCCGUGGAGGAGUUGUUGGCCCCGGGCAAAGACCCAGUGCUGGACCGGACCGUGGGCGCAGGGAGGGCGGAGGAGUCGGAGCAGGCGGGCAGGGACCCGACCAGGGUGGUCACGUUCAGAGUCCCACACAACGCUGCUGUACAAGUGUACAACUACAGCAAGAAAACCGCCAGGGUGGUGUUUGGCCCGGAGCUGGUGAUGCUUGACGCGGCGGAACAGUUCACGGUGCUGAGUCUGUCGGGCGGCCGGCCAAAGACCCCGGGCCGCGUGCGGAGCCUGUGCCUCCUCCUGGGCCCCGACUUCUGCACCGACCUCAUCGUCAUCGAGACAGCUGAUCACGCCAGGCUCCAACUACAGCUGUCAUACAACUGGCAUUUUGAAGUGGAGGACCGUGACGUCCCUCGGGAGGCAGCGCGUGUGUUCAGCGUGCUGGACUUUGUCGGAGACUCAUGCAAAGCCAUCGCCUCACGCAUUCGCGGCGCCGUCGCCUCUGUGCAGUUCGAUGACUUCCACAAGAACUCAGCCCGCAUCAUCCGCUCGGCAGUAUUUGGCUUUGACGCUGAGCUGCGAGUUCGGGAACGGCUGGAGUUCCCCCAGAACGGCCUGGUGGUGACCAGCGUGGACAUCCAGUCCGUGGAGCCCGUGGACCAGCGGACCCGCGACGCCCUUCAACGCAGCGUCCAGCUGGCCAUCGAGAUCACCACCAACUCACAGGAGGCAGCCGCUCGGCAUGAGGCGGAGAGACUGGAACAGGAGGCAAAGGGGCGUUUGGAAAGGCAGAGAAUCGUAGACCAGGCAGAGGCAGAGAAAGCUCGCAAGGAACUGCUGGAGCUGGAAGCUGAGAGCGCGGCAGUGGAGAGUCGGGGUGCAGCGCGGGCGGAAGCGGAGGCAAGGGGCGAGGCGGCGAGGAUCGAGGGGGAGGGAGCCGUGCGUCAGGCCAAGCUGAAGGCGCAGGCCCUCGACAUCGAGACCGAAGCAGAGCUAUCCCGACUGAUCAAGGCCAGGGAGAAGGAGCUGGAGUACGUGGCGGAGCAGAACCGGCUGGAGCUGGAGAAGGCGGAGGGUCUCUCCCAGGUGGAGGCGCGGAGGUUCGAGGGGACAGUGCGUGCCCUGGGGGCCGACACUGUGAGGGCCAUCGCCCUGGCUGGCCCCGAACUACAGGUGGGGUAGUUGACGAUCUCCUCU